AUUUGUUCUCUCAAGGUCAUUUUUUUAUUUUUCUGAAUAUAAAACAUCAGUGUUAACAUCGACCUCACUUUGGAUCUUAAAAGCAGAAGAUAUUGUAAUCAACCCAGCUGUUUAGAUUCUUUACAAUUAGCUUACACCCCUCAAGUUGCAGAGACACCAGAAUCCAAUUCCUCCAGUUGCAGAGGACACUUCAAGCUUUGAGGCUUGUACAAGCAGCAUUGCUAAGAGUUCUUAUUCGUUUGGGGUCGCCUCUUCUUCGGGAGAAUCAGGAUGCUUCUACAGUGGGGAGGGUGGACAGCGUUUUUUGAAGAGGUGGCCCUCUACUCCCCAGCCGGGCACUCGUGUUUGGAUACGUUAUGGUGGUACGGUGUGUUAUGGACAAGUAGUUCAUUGUAUGCCUGAACUAAAUAUGUUCACCAUAAAGCCAGCUGAUGGUGGUUGCAGACUUGUCACUCGCGGUCUUGAAGAUAUUCUACCUUCCACACCGCAGCAGUCAAUCUUAACUCCACCAACGGAAGACGAAUGGGAUAGUGACCUAAUUGGAUGUGAUGAAAUUCCUCAAAAUCCACAUAAUAUUUCAGUUUUUCCGGCGAGAUGUGAAGUCACUGUUCCGGACUCCUUUUCUUAUCCACUCUUUAUCGAUGUACCAUCUAGAGCAUCUGUUGAUGAAGGAUCAUCUUUUGAACCACUCACUACUUUUUCCGGUCUGCCAUCAAAUUCUACAGCAUCAUUCGGUCUUUCUCCGAUUCCGGGUUCCUCGGACGUAACAGACGUAAAUAUCCCUAAACAAUCUGCAGGACAUUUCGAUGUUUCGUCUCAUUUGACAUUUACCGAUAAUAAUCCCUACCCACACAAGUCAACACUUGGCACCAGUCUCCCUUCUCGUGGGUUCAUAGAUCCCUUACCUAUAGCACAUCCGACAACCCAGAGAGUAGGUUCCUCAAACAGAGACAACUACUUUCAUAAACGUUGGGAUACGUUUUCUUCCCAGCCAGAGUUGUCUUCAAAAGAGCUCAUUAGCACACGUGAUGAGGACUCACCUCGCGAAAUGAAACCAACCUCCAUUCCAUCUGAAACCACCCGUUUCCGAAAUCAAACCUCAAUCAAUUGUGUCGUCGAAGCUGUUUUGCGCUGGAUUGAGUCUUUUUCCAAUACAUCAGAAUCUACCACUUGGGAGAAGGUUAACAUCAAUGAACUCAAAGAAACUAUGAAAACUUUGUUAACAUCAUCAAAUACAGUUGAAGGGGAUUAUUUUCAAGAUUGCUCUGAUGAUCGACCUCAAUUGUCAAUGUAUUCUCCAUCAUCUUUUGAACAGGUUCAUUUUGCAGCAAUUGAAACAAAUUCAGAAACUAACAUGCCUUCACCAUCUUCUAGUAAUAGUUGUGUAUGCUCAAAGUCAAAUAGUGAAGCUGUUGUUUCACAUUUCCAGCCAACUAGUUUCAUGAUUAGUGAACCACAGCAACAGCAGCAGCAGCAACAGGAAGAGACAUCACAAUGCUCAAAAUUGUUUCUUAAUUUUGACAAACAAAACUCACUAGAAUUUAUCGAUGAUAAAAUGUCCCUCUGUGAUCCAAAUAACAUAAAUUCGUCUCACCUUGAUCCAGUUUAUGAAAAUACUUCGAAUAUUUCACCCAGUGUUAUCCAUUUACCGUUGGAUUCUAAAAGUGAUAUUUUCACCAGUUCUGAGUCUUCAUCAAAUCCUCUUGUUUAUGCUCAACAAAUUCUUCCAUCGUUAAUUAACGAACGUGGUUCAGUGAGUUUUCAAUUAUUGUCUUCCAUAUUGGCUCAUAGUCGUACUGAAUGUAAUCAAGAUUGUCAAAGAAGCAUGCUAUUAGAUGGAUUAAAACAAGCUUUAAGUUCUAUCAUGUAUUCACCUUCCGCUGUGCCUUCAACACCGAAAACUGGUAUAGUUUAUUAUGGUGUCGAUCCAAUCUCCAGAACUCAUUCGUCAGUACUGCAUGAAGAUCAAGAACAAUCAACUGCUGGAUAUGCAGUUCCUGUACGUAAACGCCUGUCUUGUGUUGGAUCUACCGAUAGUUUAAGUCCUGGAUCACUGGUGGACAGCCCAACACAUAAUUUAUGCAUUGAUUCACAAGGCGGGAUUCAUAAUAUAUUUUCACGUACUUCAGAAUCUGAUUCAUAUUUUCCUGAAAGUUGUCCUGACCAUUCGAAAGAAUCACAAACUGCUUCUUUGUCACACCUCAGUGGUAGUGCAGAUAUUGUUCAUCAUGUAUUUUUCCCACCCAGGAGUCAGGAAUCUAAAUGUGGAGAGUUUUCUAAACUGGAAACUUCUCAAAAAUUUGAACAGGGGUAUACUGUUCAUUUGAACACGUCAACAAAUGAAAAUUCAAUGAAAACAAAUGUUGAAGCGAAUAAAACACUGAAAUCUCAUGUUAAUUGUAAUUCUUUUGUUCCACAACCUAAAAGGUUGGACCACAAAGAUUCAGUCGUAGGUGUACCUUUACGUGUUGGCUUACAACCAUUAACUACUAGUGGACGUAUCGAUGUUCGUAAAUGUCGUAAAGUUUACGGGAUCGAAAACAGAGAUCAAUGGUGUAAUCAAUGCAAAUGGAAGAAAGCGUGUCGACGUUUCCCGAAUCCAUGCUCAGUAUCUAAACACGCUCAAGGAUCAAUCAAUCGUAAUAUAUCAGUGGAAAAAUGUAGCCAACAACCUCUUGAUUCUAAAAUAAAUGAAAUGUGUGUGAUUUGUUCACCAACAUGUUCAUCUGAUAUUAGUCUACCGCGUAUGACAUCCUCAAGUGGUUGGUCGAUUCCAAGUUCUGUCUAUGCAAAAUCAUCAGAUAAUUCAACAGCUUGUUAUAAAAAUCUAACUGGUCAAUGAAUAUGAAAAUUAAAUGUAUAGUAACUAUAGUUUUGUUUAAAAAAAACACACAUUAUAAUCAUGCCUUAAUCGUAUGACCUUGUAAUAGAAAUUCGAUUCUCUGAGCAGUUUUUCAAUCCUUCAUUUUUUUCUCGAUAAUUGCCAAUAAUAAUAUUGUUAUUUUUGUUGCACAAUCUGUAAAAUGAAUAAAACAACCGGUUCACUUAAUUAUUUCUAUAUAUAUGCACAGAUACGCAUUCGUUUUGUAGAUGCACCUACUAAAAUCACAUGUCAUUAUUCUUGUUUACUGCUUUUGAUCUAUUACAACCGUUUUCAUUUAUUGUUUCCAGAUAUAGUUACUCAUUAUUACUUUAUUGUUUUUAACAUAAAGAGUGUUCAAAUAAAAUCUCCGUUAAGAGAGAAGUGCUAGU